AUGAUUAGGUAUCGUUUGGAUCGUGGUUAUAAUGUUCAGUUCUCACAAAAGGCCAUCGAGUUGCUGUGCGGUAGCAACAGGGUCGACUACGAGACAAUGUGCUAUGUCUUCAACAAACAUCCAGACUUUGUUAGACUGCCCUGCGCCUACCUCGCGGCGGCGGGCGGCGACUCUGUCCGCAAGCUGACGUACAUCGACCAGAAUGCACCGCCUCCCGCCAAGCCCCUGCUCGUCAAGGCGCUGCAGGCAGCCGUCAAGAACAGUCGAAUGGCAUCGUUGGAGUACUUGAUGGCACGACACAAGUUGGACAAGAAACCAGUCUGCGACUCGACGGCCUUCCACGGCCUGUACAAAGUGAUGAACGCGCCAUUCAUUCGAUUCUUCAACGAGACGUUCUUGGGCGGCAAGUGGAUGGACCCUCAAGACCUCCACUGUGUCUUCAUGACGGGCGACCUAUGGCUCGUGCGCAAGAUCAUCUCUUUGGUGCAGGCCAAGGAGCGCGGCCAACACCUGCUGCGACAAGCGCUCAAACAGUACAUCUCCGAGCUGCUCACACUUCAGCACUACACGCCCGAGUUUGAUUCGACGACAAAGGAUCACUUUGGCGUCAUCACAUAUGUAUACGACGCAAGCCUAGGUGGCCAUAAAAUCGACUUCAACGCGGCGAUCAACACUGUUACGACGAUGGGCAUUGUAUCGCGCGAACAUCAACUGUUCGCCACGCUGUACUUGGUCGUGAUGAGCAUACCCAGCACGGACAUCACACUGUUGCGAUCAUACAGUCUAUUCAGACGCAUCAUUUCGAUUCACAACCUCCCAUUGCUGCAGUACAUUACCAUGUCGCGACCGACCGACCUGACCGGCCUGUUCUUUGCCGCCGUGGAGUCGGGCAACAUGGCACAGAUCGAUUACCUGCUGCCCAAAGUCACUGGCAUGCUGGACCAGCAGCGCGUGAUCAAUGUGAUUGGAUUCGCCAGCGUGGACAUCAUGAGUCACGUGAGACAGGUUCUGCCGUACAUACAGUGGUCGGACCUGGCAUUAGAGCGCGCAGCAGUGGCGCGCGACCUUGAGCUCAUCACCAUGCUACUGCGGACAAACACCAAUGGGUUCAUGCCUGCGUUCACCAAUGCGCUGGUGCGCGGCUGUGUCGAGUCGGCGCAUCACAUGUCGCUCAAGGAACCAGCGCUGGCACUGAGCGCGAUCGAUCACACGAUCAAUCAUCGCUACAACGCCAUCCUCUUCCUACUCGACCGCUUCGAUCUCUUCAAGCACAUGUUCAUCGGGCCAUCCAUGCCCGUUCUCAAGCAAUCAAUCAUGGAGAAGGCAGCGCAUCUUGGAUACAUGGACGUGGUUCGCGCACUUCACAGCCAGGCACCAGAUGUUCGCGUCAAGGUCUGGCCGGCAAUACAAGGCAACCAACCAGAGAUACUGCGCUACAUACUGGAUCAUGGAUUUGGCGAGAUCACCAACUCGUCAUGGGUGGCCAUCGCCGAGACUGGCUCGGUCGAGGCCUAUGAGUUGGUCAGCGUACACUUUCCCUCGCCCAACAAAGAGACAUUCGACGAGAUGUGUAGCUACGCCAGUGCGCAUGGCAAGCUGCGGCUGAUGCGGAAGCUCUCCAAACACGUCCACUUCACACCAAUCACCUGUAUAUUCAACGCAAUUGCCAAUGGACAUUUGGACAUUGUUCAGCUAUGUUUAGAUCACUGUGAAGUCGGUGUCACACGAAUUAGCAAGCAUCAGAUUCAAAAGAUGAUUCAAGCGGCACAAGCCGAUCGACAAAAGAAUGUGUUUGACUACUUGGCCAAGAGAUACAAGCAGUCUACCAAAUGGAAGUCCCUGGACUCCAUCGACAAGUCCUGGGCGUCAUCCUUUAUUUGCAAAUAA